AUGCUCCCCCGCCGGUUCAAUCGUCGCCUCAUCACAGUCGCAACCGCCAUUGUGCUCUUGUUCCUUUACCACAUCGGCACAUUCUCCAGUCACAAUGGCCAAUGGCGUCCUCAUUUCACAACAACCCCCAGUACUCCCCCAGUCUAUGAUGAGAAUGGGGAACCAAUCCCAUUCUGUCCACCCCUUCCUGGCAUGGAAGAUGUACUCGUGGUAAUGAAGACCGGAGUGACAGAAGCCCGCGAGAAAGUCCCCAUCCACUUCAAAACAACCUUACGAUGCAUCCCCCACUUCGUGAUAUAUUCCGAUUUCGAAGAAGAAAUCGAGGGCGUCAAAAUCCACGAUGUCCUCCGUGAAAUGGACACAUCCGCAAAGAACAACCCGGACUUCGACUUCUACCACCGCCUCCUCAAAUACGGCCGCAAGGGUCUAGAGCAGCAAGACUUCGCCGACGAAGCCAACUCCGCAAUCGGAAAACCCAACAACCCUGGCUGGAAACUCGAUAAAUGGAAGUUCCUCCCAAUGGCACAGGAAGCGCUACGACACAAGCCAGACGCGAAGUGGUUCAUCUUUAUCGAAGCAGACACAUACAUCUCCUGGCCAACGGUCCUAACCUGGCUGGCCCGGUUCGACCACACAAAGCCACACUAUCUCGGUACGGAGACUCAGAUCGCAGACGUCAUCUUCGCGCACGGUGGCUCGGGCUUCAUGCUCUCGAACCCCGCCCUACAACGUGCCUCCGACGAAUACAGCGCGCGCGAGGUCGAGUUGAACAUAUACACAGACAAUCAUUGGGCCGGCGACUGUGUGCUCGGAAAAGUCCUCAGCGACGCAGGCGUCAAUCUACACUUCACAUGGCCGAUCAUUCAAAAUUCAAACAUAGGCGAAUUGGACGAGUUCACUACAGACUUUUACCGGAAACCAUGGUGUUUCAUCGCCGUCUCCCUCCACCAUCUCUCACCAAUCGAUAUCGAGAACCUAUGGAAAUUCGAACAAAAGCGCUGGCGUGAUAAAAACAAACGCAUCCUCCUCCACGGCGACCUCUUCCGCGAAUACAUUUUCCCAGAAAUAAACAGCCAACCCACCCGCCAGAACUGGAAUAACAUGGCAAGCGAAGAACAGCCCUUUGCCAAGACCUUCGAUGAUUGCCGCUUGAUCUGCGAAACGCAGAAAACAUGUGUGCAGUUCUCCUUCCUUGACAAUACAUGUUUCACGAGUCUGAAUCCGCGUCUCGGAACUGCCGUCCCGAGCGGCGAUGCGAGGUCAGGCUGGAUUCCGACUCGGAUUCGCGCUAUGACUGAACAAAAGGGGCUGUGCCGGAAGCCUGAUUUCGGGGAUUGA